AUGGGUCCCUCAUGGCUUGUUCAUCUUUCUCUCCUAGGCCUAUCCCUAGUCAGCCCGGCCGUCUCAAAAGACGAAUGUCAACCUUCAACCUGGAAGCUCAGUUCUGCCUUGAGGGUAGGCGACAUCAAUUGUCGUAUGAGCCAGGUAGCAGGACCCAAGGCCGAUGUCAACACAUGUGCCACCAUGGCUAGGAAAUGGGACAUCACGAUUGACAAGUUUUACGACUUGAACCCCAGACUCAACGGUGACUGCAAAAAUAUUCUACCCAAUAUACGAUACUGCGUGGACGGAUUCCCUGAGCCACUUCGGGCUUAUAAUGGUCGAUGCGGUCCUAACCAUAACAAUGCGACAUGCGUGGGCACUGAUAACCAAUGCUGUAACAAGAACACCUGGGUUUGCGGUGACACAGAGGAUGACUGCACUUUGAACUGCUACGAAGGACUUUGUUAUUAA